AUGGUUGUGUCUUCAGAUGGAGAAUUUGUUGAGGAAUCUUGUAUUGGAGCCAAUCUAGGAGAUUAUCCUAUUAUCAUAGACGAUAUUAAAAGAUACGCUUAUGUUAUCAGUGGAAAAGAUGUACUUGUAUUUGAAACAAAAAAAGGAAGACGAGUUAAAAUUUUACAUCAUGAUACUUAUGUUAAAGGAUUAACUUUGAGUCAUCAUAAAUUAAAUAGUUUUUUAGAUACAGGUGAAAGAGUUUCGUGGAUUUUAAAUGAUUAUUCUAUUGAAAAUAUACAUCAAUUUCCAGUGAAUUCUAUUAAUUGGGUUUAUAAAGUUGGAGAUAAUACAAUUUUACUUGAAAUAAACAAAAAAGGUGAACACAAUUUAUAUUUGGUUGAAGGUGACAAUGACGAAGAAUUGCAAAAGUUGGUUACACUUCCAAAUAUUAUUUCACAUCCUGAUAAUAUAGCAAUUGGUAAUGAUUAUGCAGUUUAUACAGUUAAAAAUCAACUAUUUCUUGUUCCAUUUGAAGAUUCUAACAUUUCUCCCUCUUCAAUUGAUGUAACAUUAAUUUUUGGAAAUGCUUUGAUUUCAGAACGUUUGAAAUUUACUAAGGUUAAAAUUGUUUCUGAUAGUUUAUUUGCUGCUCAUUCUUUAGGAAGAAUAUAUGUUUGGAGAAAUUUAAGUACUAUUGGAUUACAAAAAACAAAUAAACAUUUUUUCCAUGCAGCUGACAAUGAUAUAUGUUUUGAUAUUUCGGAAGGUUGUAAUGUUUAUGUUGGUACAUCACAUUGUGCUCUUGCUAGAUGGAAUUUAAUUAAUGAUGGUGGUGGUCGUUGGCAAUCUAAAGAAAUGAUUUCUAAUUUUGAGUCUCCCGUUCAUAGUGUUUCUUUAUCACUAUCAUCAAAAGUCUGUUGUAUUGUUCUUGAAGAUAAUUCUAUAAUAUUUGUUAAAACAGAUUCAAUGACCAUAUUGUGUAAAGGGAAAACUCUUUUACAAUCUUCUUAUUAUCCAAUAAAUAAAAUUCAAGUAGAUCCAUUGAAUCCAGAUUUAGUUAUAUCAGAUACUCGUCACGGUUCAAUUCAAUGGAUGAAUUUAGUUAAAUGGCAAACAAUAAAAACUAAUGAUAUUGUUAUGGAAAAUGCAAGUGCUAGGAAAAAUUAUUGUAGUGAUUUUGAAACUGUCCGAUCAUAUGUUUAUCUUUUUAUAGCAACACCAGCUUUUAUUGUAACAUGUGAAAAACGAACAUGUGAUUUAAAAGAAGUAUAUGUGAAGUUUUGGAGAAGGCAAACAAAAGGAAAAAAUAAUUUACUUAUAGAAUUGGAAGAUAUUAUUUGUGUUAAUGAAGAUAUAACACAUUUAACAGGAGAUUUAGAAGAAAUGCCUACUAUUACGACAUUUGAAAGUAAGGGUAUAGGUAUUAAAGAUGCUCAUUGUAAUGCAGAAUUUUUAACUGUUGAUAAGAAAGGAUUUAUAGACAUAUGGAAAGGAGAUCUUCAUAGGUUUGGUAAAUGGAGACAAGAUGUUCAAAGAAAUGGACAAUGGCAAAAAACAAAUGUUGUUGAUAUAUCAUCUAUUAGAAAAAAAUUAUUUGCUUCUAUUCAUAAAUCAAAUACUCAUUCAACACAUCUUUUAUUAUGGUCGACAGAGAAUAUGAAUAUUCUACAUUUGAACAAUAUUAUAUCCGAUCUCACCUCAGUAAAAUGGGCUCCAAAAAAUUACCAAGAAAUGUUGCUUGUUGGAUCUAAUAAUUAUAUUGGAUGUUUUAAUGUUGAGUCAUUUAGUUAUAAUUGGUUAGUUGAACAGACUGGGUUGUUACUUUACAGUGAUCCAUUUAUUUCUUUUGUUUAUAAUGAUACUGAAAUAAUGUUUUUUGAUGUAAUGGAAGGAAAUGUAUUAAAAACUUUAGUCUUUAAAAAUCCACAAAUUGAAGUAGUAGCAACAACACACAAUGGAAUGACGUGUGUCACUGGAUUAUCAAAUGAUGGAUUUACACUUUUAAAAGAUGCUAACAUUACGGAAACAAAUGAAGAAGAUAUUAGAACAGAAGCACCAAAAACAGCUUUCUCAAAACUUAUUGAAAUUAAUCGUAAACAUGCUAAAGAAGGGCAAAAUGAUAUUGUUUUAUUUGAUAGUGUUAGAAAAGCUAAGAAAAUAUUAGAAGGAGCUGCAUUUGCUUUGGCCCCUAUAUCGCAGUUAGCUCCACUUUUCAUUAAAUCUUGUUUAAUCAAAAAACAAUAA